AUGCGCUUCACUCUUUUAUGUUCAAUCGCCCUUGGGGCUAAUACUGCCAUUGCGAGUGUCUGCAAACCUCGUCAGUCGAGUGAGUCUAGUGUUGUGUCUGCGGAGACUACGACAACUGCUUCUCAGCUCAGCUCUCCUACAAGCACAGAGCUCGAGACAACUGGUGAUACAACUGCUACAACCAUCGCCACUUCAGACGUAACAGUCGCAAGUACUACAGAGGCUUACACGAGUGUCGCGACGUCAACUUCCGAGGACGAGACCACCGCCGAGUCAUCAACAACAGACCUGUCAUCCUCCAUCGAAACAACAACCCUCUCCGAAACAACCACAACCGCCGCUUCCUCCCUCGAAACAUUCCAAAUCAUCGCCCCAGGCCACAACUUUCAAGAUGAACACCUCGUCGGCUUCAAGAUGACGUACCGAUCAAUGGGUUUCGACAUUGACCCCAACGCCGCGACCCUCACAUUCUCCAUCGAACCAGAAACAUAUUUCGUCCGUGAAGUAGACGGGCUAUACUGGUGUAUAGAAUACAGCUCGCUUUACUCACCAGGCUACGUUGGACUCUGUGACAAAAAUGAUCUAGGCAACGGGCGCUGGGGCUUGCUCACUUGCGAGAAGAAGGAUGAUGACGGUCUUGAGUGUUCUGUGCCGGCUGCGACGUGCGGGUUUGAUAUGAAUACGGGAAAGAUCGUGUGUAGUGAUUUGGAGGGCGAUUACACGCAGUUUUACUAUGUGGGUACUGGGUUUGGGAAUGGUGUUGCUCUUGCUUUGGGUUCGAGGGUUCAUCCUCCUUCGUCAGACUACUACACGGAGGUUGAUCUUGAGGUUAACUCGCCGCGCUGA